AUGACGCGCGACGCACGUACGAUCCGUGCGCCGUUUCUGGCGGCACUCGCCCUCAUAGGCACGUUGCUCGUAUGGCACCUCGUGGGCCUGGUAUUAUUCACGAGUGGCUUCUUACUGCAGCGUGUCGAGCUCACACGCACGUCGUCUUGUACGACGCCGCCCAGCGCGACGUGGUCGAUCCCUACGCCGCCACGUGGUGCCGUGGAAGGCCAGGCGGAGGCGUUGCGGGCCUGGGAUGCGGCACUCACAGACGCGCAAGAGUGCACACUGCCUCCGCGAUUCCGUCGUGCCGUGGUAUGGAUUGUCGAUGCGCUCCGCUACGACUUCCUUGCGCAGGCCACGCCAGGCACGUCGCCUGCGCCGGACGCCUACAUGCACAACAUCCUACAGACGCCCUUCCAGGUGACGCAGCAUCAGCCACGAAGUUCGUUCCUCGCGCACUUUGUCGCUCAUCCGCCGACUACGACCUUGCAGCGUCUUAAAGGGCUCACGACCGGCUCGCUGCCUACCUUUAUAGAGGCUGGCGCAAACUUUGGCGGAGCUGGUCGCGUGCAGGAAGAUACGUGGAUUGCUCAAGUCCGUGGGCACCCUGCUGCGAAGAACCUGUCGUUUGUGGGCGACGAUACCUGGCAAAUGGUCUUUGCCGAUCUCUUUGACGAAGUCGUGCCCUACUCGUCGUUCAACGUCGAAGACCUCGAUACGGUCGACGCGGGUGUGCAGGCCCACUUCCAGGAACGCUUGCAACGUGAUGACUGGACGUUGCUGAUCGCGCAUUCUCUGGGCGUUGAUCAUGUCGGACACCGUUUCGGGCCUUCGCAUGCUCGCAUGCCGCCUAAACUCUCGCAAAUGGAUGACAUGGUCCAAAUGGUCCUGAAUACAUUACAAGACGAUACGCUCUUUGUGCUACUAGGAGACCAUGGUAUGGACGCUACAGGUGAUCAUGGCGGCGACUCGGAGUUGGAGAUUGGCAGUGCAUUGUGGAUGCAUGCGAACAAGCCGUUUGAAGCUACGGCCUCACGAUGGUCGCGGCCUGCCAAGAUGAACGACCUGACACUUGAUCCAGAUGUGCAGACGUUGCUAAGCAUCGGUACGCCGACGCCGUCGUUCCAGCCUUUCUCCACGUUGCCUCUCGCGCCUUUCGAGCAUGGACAUCGCUCGCUGCCACAAAUCGAUCUCGUGCCGACCAUGUCGCUGCUCAUGGGUGUCCCUAUCCCCUUCAACAAUCUCGGCGCGAUUAUCCCCGAAAUAUUCACGUCACAGGCGUCGCCUCUCGGCGCAUCCGACUCGCGCCUCUUGCGUGCACUGCGCAUCAAUGCACGCCAAGUCAAGACGUACUUGGACGAAUAUGUGCAGCAUGCCACAGAUCUGCAGCCGUUCGCGCAUGAAUGGGCCAACGCAUGGGCGACGGCUUUGCAGGCCGAGGCGGCCUUUGCCACGCACCCUUCCGCCGACACGGCGCAGGCCGCGGCCGGGGCGUACCUGCUAUUCAUCCGCCUGGCGCUGGACCGUGCGCAGAGCGUGUGGGCGACAUUUGAGUACGCCCGCAUUGCCCUAGGUCUCGCUGUGUUGUUCACCGCUUGGAUCGUUACGUGGCAGUGGUGGCGCGCGAGUACUGUCGAGGCCACCGUGGCAUUGGCGCGACGCGCGACGCGCGGAUGCGUCCGUGGCAGUGCUGUCGGUGUGCCGCUCGGCCUCGUGGCACGUUAUGUCGUAGGCGUAUCAUGGCUCGAGGGCGUGGCCGCGUGCACGGCGCUUGCGACGAUCGUGGCUACUUGCUUCACACGCUCGGCGGUGCAAGUGCCAUGCACAACGCCGCGUGUCUCGACGAUUGUAGCAUGCCUCGUCCUGGGUGUGCAUGCCAUGCUCUUUGCAAGCAACAGCUUUACCAUGUGGGAAGACCGCAUUACAUUGGCCUUGGUCGCUGCGAUCCUCCUUGUACGUGCUAUUCAGGGCUUGGGCGCGCCUCUACCGCGCUGGCAGCAACGCAUGCCGCUGCUAGCCCUGGGCGCCCUCAUCCUGCUGCGUGUAGCCGGCAUGAGCCGCGUAUGUCGUGAAGAGCAAGCGCCCUAUUGCCAGCCGUCGUUCUACGCACGAUCAACGUCGACCAUGUUUGCGGACAACCCAGCCUACGCCCUCUCAGGCCCAGCGACCAACAGCAAGUACGCAAUUGGCAUGGCCUACCUCGUCGCCUUUGGUACAGCCGACGCGUUGCGUCGCUUGCUUAUGCCGAGCCAGGCGCACUUGGGAAGUAGCGCCACGUUGUUGCAAUGGUUCAUCCGACCUGCGAUGCUGGGAGCGGCCGGCUACUGGCUGGCAGACUGGGUCCAAGGCUGGGAACAGUGGGACGAUGCGACGCGGGACUCAUUCUUUACCCUCAAGGUUUGGGUCGCACGGCUCGUGUUUUUGGUGCUUGGUGGUGGUAUGGUCUACUGGGUCCUUUCGCCCCUAAGUUUAUCGGUGCUGCGCGAGCCAAGUGCCAACGGUGGACAGCCGCGUGUCAUGAUUUUGGGCUUCGGCAAUACGUUCGGCAGUGCGUUCCUCGGCGCUUUGACGAUCGUUUACGCGUGGCUGUUCCUGGUAUCGCAACCUAUGGGCCAAUUGGCUCUAACAGCCUGUCUUGUGAGUCUCGUGCUCCUCGCCGAGCUGGGCGAUCAUGAACGUGAUGCGCAAGUGCUGCUGAAUGCGAAGGUGAAAGAAGCAUCUUCCCAGACCGAGGCACAACCACAAGCGGAGGCCCCAUCGAACGAGUCCGCUGCGAAACCGACACGGCAAGCGCCUACCCUGCUGGAAGUCGCUUGCAUUAUGUUGCUGGGCUUUGUCGCCUUCUUCGCGACAGGGCAUCAGGCCACGCUCAGUGCUAUCCAGUGGCGUGUAGCCUUUGUCGGUAUGCGCUCGGUGACGUAUCCGUGGUCGCCGCUGUUUGUCACGCUCAAUGCCUUUGGGCCAUUGGCGUUCUUGCCCGUGCUGGGUGUCGCGCUAUUGACGCUGUGGAACAUGGCACCGCAUCGUGUCACGGCAGAUGCGCCGCAUCCAAUUCCGAUGCGCUUGAUUAAAGAGGUCCUUCAUGGCCUGCUAGGAGCACUGGCGUACAUGAGCACGCUCAGCCUUUCCACGGCAGUCUGGGCCCUCUUUUUCCGUCGGCAUCUGAUGCUCUUCAAGAUCUGGGUACCACGUUUCAUGACAGCGGCGUUAGGUCUUUUCUGUGCCGAUCUCAGUGCCUUGCUAGCGAUCGGUUGCGUAUGGAUCCUUGCGCGCCACGUCCACAAGGUCUUUGGCACGACAUUUACAUAG